AUGGACGAUCAUCAGGCAUGCACAUCGAUGGACGUCAGCGAUCCAUCACCACUUCUUCCUCCCACAGCAGCAGCAGCGGCAGCGGCCGGUGGCAAGGAGGAUCCUCGGGGCGCCAGCGAAAUUGAAUGGCGCUUCUCGCAGGUCAAGGGUAACAUUGAGGCCGAAGAAGGCGCCGGGAGAUUCGUGCACGGCCAACGUUCCACGGAAUAUAAUGUCUAUUCGACGUUCCAGUCGCAUGAACCGGAAUUUGACUAUUUGAAAUCCCUCGAAAUUGAGGAGAAAAUCAAUCAGAUUAAAUGGCUGAAAAGGAAGAACGCCGCAAAUUUUAUCCUUUCAACUAAU